GGGGGGGAGAGAGAAGAAAAAACAACAGGAAACCAAGUCCAACGCUGUUCGCUGCAAAGGAGAAAAGACCCUCCUCUCAGCUUUCCAACAUAGCGCUGAAACCCACCAGGGCACCGACUCUGUAGACUCUUUUUUUUAUACAAACAAACAGAGAUUACGACUUGUGUCUUUUCCCUCUGGUAUUCCUUGUCGAGGCUGAGGAGCCGGAGCAGAGAGGUGACGUCACAUCUGGGAGAGGGCAGCGAGGGGAGAGAGCUUGUCAUCCCACGACGGCGAGGAUGGUCAAGAUGUGAACGGAUGCAGACGCUGGCGGACUCUGAACACUGGAAACCGUGGGGCUCUUCUCAUCGACCUCUUCGUGGUGGGAGAACGUUGUUUUUUUUAGUCUGCGACGUCUACCUUCUCUUCCUCGGGGAGAUCUUAUGGAUGUGAAGGCGCUGCAGCGCGUCCACAGACAUUUCUCUGUUUAGGUCUUCUGGACAUCUGAGGAGGAUCCACAUGAAGAACAAGGGGUCGAAGCUGAAGUCUAAGAAGAAAGGAAGCGACAAUGUGUUUGGCUGCGACCUGAUCGAACAUCUGCAGAGCUCAGCAGAAGAUGUCCCCCAGGUUCUGAAGAAAUGUGCAGAGUUUAUUGAGCAUCAUGGAGUGGUGGACGGGAUCUACCGGCUGUCCGGGGUCACCUCCAACAUCCAGCGUCUCAGGCAGGAGUUCAGCAGUGAUUCCUGCCCUGACCUCACUAAGGAGGUGUACCUCCAGGACAUCCACUGUGUGGGCUCCUUAUGCAAGCUCUACUUCAGGGAGCUGCCCAACCCCCUGCUCACCUAUGAGCUCUACAGCCGGUUCACCGAGGCGGCUCGCAUCCAGGAGCCGCAGGAGAAGCUGGAGCACAUUCAGCAGGUCAUCAAGGAGCUCCCCGUCUCCCACUUCAGGACCCUGGAGUUCCUGACCAAACACCUGUCGUUCCUGGCCACUCUGAGCGGCCAGACCAACAUGCACGCCCGCAACCUGGCGUUGGUUUGGGCCCCCAACCUCCUCAGGUGUAAAGACAUCGACGCGUCGGCGUGCAGCGGGGACAAGGCCUUCCAGGAGGUGCGUGUGCAGCAGGCGGUGGUGGAGUUCAUCCUCAACCACACAGAGCAGAUCUUCAACCGCGGCACCGGCCUCUGCAAGGCGAAAGAAGCGCCGAGCUAUGCGUGCGGGGAACGCUACGCAACGCUGCCGCUGAGCGCGGGCCACGGCCACGGGCCCAUGAAGCUGAUGAGCCUGGAGGAGGCCCAGGCCCGCUCGCUGGGGCCCAACCACCCGGUCCACCGCGAGCGCCAGCGGGAGAACAGCCUGCCCGACGCCAGCACUGCCACGCUCUACCACACCGUGCUGGAGAUCUCCGACAGCAAGAGAAAAUUCUCUGGGAAAUCUAAGAAGUGGAAGUCCAUCUUCAACCUGGGGAGGUCUGUGAACGAAUCCAAAGGCAAACUGAGCCGGAACGGCAGCGUGUUCAUCAGAGGACCAAACACAGACAAGGCAGCUCUCCGCCCAGCCAGGAGCAUGGACUCGUUGUGCUCUCUUCAAAUAGACGACGACAGAACCGGGAGCCAACCCGGCGGAUCCAACGGCGCCGCGACCCCGGAGCCCAAGUCCCGGACGCUGGGCUCGGACUCCCUGUACGACCUGAGGGAGGAGGACCAGCGGUGGGAGUUCAAAGGGAAGACCCCCCCGACGACCAAUCAGAGAGAGGCGGCCGGCUCCUCCUCCUCCUCCUCCUCCUCGCCGUCUCAGAAGGCGCUCCCGGAGCAGCUGAAGGUGUUCAAGGGCGACGACCUCCCCGGGUUCAAACCCACGUCUCCCAAGAACCGGAGGAUGUUGUACUCAGGCUCCACCCACCAGCACCCCCACGGCGCGUCCAAACCCUCCUUCCCGGGCAGCCUGUUCCCUCUGGAGUCCUCGUCGCCGCGGCACCAGCGCAAGGCCGUCAACAUCUCGGAGCCCUUCUCCGUGUCGGUGCCGCUGCGCGUCUCGGCGGUCAUCAGCUCCAACAGCACGCCGUGCCGCUCCCACGUCAAGGACAGGACGGCGGGCGGCAUCAGGCCCCUCCUGGGGGAGGGCGGCAGCAGCAGCAGCAGCUCCAGCUGCUCCUCGUCACUGCUGCAGCUGGAGACGGACGGGGGACGGGGGAGACCAGCAGGGGACGUCCCAGAGCGGGCGACCUCAGACCUCAGCUCAACUGAUUCCAAUGAAAGAGCAGCACAAGAUGUUGGAGAAGGGAAGGGUCUUUCAAAACUGGAAUGUUCUGGAGAACAUUUAACAUCAUCUCCUGGGAAACUGGACAAGGGAUCUUCUCCCAGCGUGCAAGAGCUGUGGUCGGAGCUCCACAAUGAACUGAAGAUCACUGAGCCUGAGCUGGACCUCCUGGAUAAAACCUUCAAGCCUAUCUUCUGCCCCGAGGCCUCCUACGAGAUCUCCUCUCUGCGAAAGAGCUCCGCUCUGAGCUCCAGCGAAGACCUGAAGAGCAGGUUUGGAAGAGGGGGAGUGUCCCAGAGGAGCUCCAGCUCCCCCACUCUCUCUGUGUUCCACGGCGUUCCCAAAGCCUCCACCGUCACUCUGAGCGACAUCCCCUCCGGGUCUACAGGGCCCAACCGCGUCAGGAAGCAGGCCUCGGAGUCGGACAUCUUGCUUCCCUUCUACCAAAACAUGGACUAUGCGGGCGGAGAUAAAAAGCUGAACCCUUUCCCUUGCGCUCCUUCAAAAGAGGAGAAGAUGAGCAAAGUACACAGAGCCUCAAUGGUGAAGUCUACGAGCUUGGAUACCUCUACUGAUAUCAAACACUGGCAGGGCCUCUCUGGGAAUAAAAGUUUGGAUUUCACUCAAGCCAAUCUUUUUGAAAACACGAUGCCUCCAGUGGAUGACUCAGGGGACAGGGGGGUAUUGGCAGGAGCAAGUAACAAUGCAGUGGAAAUAGAGACGUAUGAGAAUCACAAGCCACCAGAGGAGGUGUUGACUAUAACCACUUCCACAAAGACUUCAUCUGAGGCCAGACAGGAACCCCUGGCAGGAGUUGAAAAAGCUGCAAAAACCUCCAAAUGUUUGCUAGACGGACCAAAGGCGUCCUCUGAAGAUGGAAAGGACCACCUGACAGAGGUUCAGCAAGGGGCAACAUCGCCUAAACAUUUGGUAGACGGACCCAGGGCUUCCUCUGAAGGUGGUCCGAAACCCCUGGCCCAGAUCCCCAGAGCAAGGAUAUCCUCCAUGCGUCUGGAGGACAGACCAAAGACCCUGGUGUUCCGCCACCUGAAUGAAGACGAGGCGUGCGCGAGACCCUCGGAGGAGUUGGACCCGGGGGAGACCUGGGACGAGCUGAGCUCUUGCUCCAGAGAGUGGGUCACCAGUCCGCUCCACACGCCCGAUAUAGACGACCUGUUUAGCAGCCACCUCCUGCCCGCCCCACCCUGCCCCACCUUGAGCUUAGCGGACGGAGGAGGAGGAGGAGGAGGAGGAGGAGGAGGAGGAGGAGGAGGAACUUCAUCUCAUCCACUGAAUAUGAACAAGUCGUACCCUGCAAGCAAUGGCACCCCCGUCUCUCAGGGUCAGGGGAACGCAGACGAACCAGAGGAACCAAAAGUGCCUCGUUUCCAGCCUCUACUCCCCAGGACGAAUGGAACGGGCCCCAACGCUGCAGCGCAGCAGACGGGUAAAAGCGGCGCGGCAAUAAAACCAAAGACCACCCACGGUAACGGCAACGCGGCGCCGCAGCGGUUCCGCAGGCAGUGGUCCCAGGAGGCGUGUCCCACGUCUGUGAGGAAGGAGGAAGGCUCAGCGGCCAAACACGCUCGGCCCUGCUCGCUAAACCUGGACCUGGUGGGGCGUCGCUGCAUCCGAGACAUCUCCAAUCAGCAGCAGGGCCGUCCCCUCCAGGAGCCGACCCCCUUCCAGCGAGGCCCGCUGCCCGGCCCGCCGCCCGGAGACAAUGGACAGGAAGCCCUGGAGCUGGAGCUCUUCCUCAACAACAGCCACGCCCCCCUGCGGAGGAACUCGGCCCCGGUGAGCGUGUCCUCGGUGCGCACCGCCUUCAUGAUCAAGACCAGCCAGGCCAAGGCCGUGCCCGUCAUCCCGCCCAAGGUGCAGUACACGCAGAUCCCUCACCUGCGCCCGGACGGCGACCACUGCGGCACGGCCCGCCAACAGGAGAACCAAACCCCCAAGAGGACCGACCUGCCGCGGGAGCAGACCCCGGUGCCGGCUCCGCCCGCCUCCCAGGCGACCACGGCGGCCGGGGCGCUCAGGAAGAAGGAGGAGCUAGAGAACAAGAAGCCCGUGCUGAGACACCAGAAGCAUCCCCCUGCGGAGAAGCCUCAGGAACCCCCCCAGGAGACCGCCAAGAACGGAGCGUCUCGGUUCCAGGAACCACAGGUCACCAUGCGGAAGCCCGCCGCCGCCGCCACCACCCCUCCCGCAGACACGGAUGUCUUCCUGGAUUGCCCGCGGCCCAACCGUCCCAACAUCCUCCAGAGACCCUCCUUCAGGAACCGGCAGAGGCCACAGAGCCUGAUCCUGCUCAGCCCGCCCUUCCCCAUCAUGGACUUCCCUCCCCUGGACGACAGCAAGCUGCUGCUCUCCGCCAAGAGGAGCCUCAAUGACGCCACAUCCCUGGCCAGGCGGGAGGAUGCCACCGCGGGGGUGAACCUCCGCAAGACACCGGGGGACGGCAAGGGGCUCCAGAACAAGAUGACCAUCCCCAAGAGCGGGCAGCGGCUGGAGACGUCCACCAGCUGCUUCUACCAGCCCCAGAGACGCUCCAUGAUCUUUGAGAGCCGGACCCAGCGACAGAUCGAAUGACUCGUUCAGCCCCCCUUAUUCGCACGUCACCCACACUUCACUGGAUUUUUGAAUGACAUCAUGUAUUUAAAGGGUUCAUUCGCUGGUCAUUUGGUCGUUGAGGGGGUCCAGAAAAACAGUUACAGUUGUUUAGAAGGAGGAUACGUGUGGAAGUCGUGGAGGAAUCAAAGGUCAGUGAAAGGUCUUAGCAGAUGGCUCUUAAAGGUGUAUUGUGAUUAUGGAUUGUUAUAUAAGGAUGGAAUAGAACAAGACAUCCCGUUUGAAGGGUAGGCAUAUCCAAACGGUUAAAGUGGGGGUGAAACUACGUAUAGGAAAGUGGAUCUACAUGCUAGAGUGUUUCCUAUUCAGAUUUCCUCUUGCAACUGUAGAAUAAUUGCAUCUGUACCGUCCCCUUUUCAAGAGCUGUAAUAGAAAUGUAUUCUGUCGACAAUUUAUUCUUAUAUAUGUUCCGAUUUCGCUGUUGUCCAAUCGAUUGAGACCAGAGUAGACUACUUUUAGAUGGACGUUUUUAUGUCACUAUGUUACUGAUUGAGUAGUUUGAGUACGCUAUUGUAUGUUGUACAUAUAGGGCUGAAGUGUCCCAUUGCAUUACCAUGCGUUAAAUAAAGGGAAGACGCAUCACUGUUGCAUGUAAUUCUGGACGUAUUUUCAACAGAGUCUUGCUUUUUGAUUCUACUGUAGUCUAUUCCGCUAGAAACUAUUUUAUUUAUUCUUGGACUAUUUUACAAAACAGGGACUGAAGUGACUAAUUGUGUCAAAGAUAAGAUGACCGUAUUUCAAUAUUUAAAAGACAAAUCCUUUGCAUUUGUUUAACCACAAGGUCAUACUGGAUUUAUAUUAUAUGUUGACCUAAAGAUUUAAGUUAAUUUUAUUUUGUAAUCUUACUGUGUCAAUUCUGUCCUUUUCUUCUUAUUUUAUAAGGGUUAGAAUUAUGUAUGAAUUGAAAUUGACAAAGCUCAGUUGAAUGCUAUCACAUUAUUGACAUUCUUGUGAAAUACUUACUGUGUCUCCUUGACUGAAGGGCUGAAUUUUUAUAGAUAUAUUUUCUCAGUGCGUCUGUGAGUGAGAUAGCGAUCCUCAAACAAACUGACAUUUUAUGUGCACUUGUAACAUAAUCUAAAAUGAUGUAUAGGACACUGCCCUUGUCUGCUUCUUACUGUACAACAGAAACAUGAUAUAGAAAGUGUAAAUAUAGACCCUAUUUUAAAGAUAUGAGAGGACACAUCCCUCUUGUGCAUUUUGCCAGAUUUUAGGGAAAUACACGUUUCUCAGACGUUGUCCAUGACUGAAACUUAAAGCAAAAUCACAACCAAACUUCGGCUGAAAUGCCAUCUACACUUCUGGAAUCAAGCCAUCAUUUGGUCUUAAACCCGAAUUAAAGACGAAUAUUUUAAGUGUUCAUUGAUCUUGCAUUGCUUUUUUAUUUUGUUUUUACAGAAAUCUUCAUUGAAAAUAAAUUGCCUUAUUGACCAUUAAUAUUAGUUAAGAGAGUGUGUGUUUGUAUGUACGAAUGGAAGUAUUCAAAGCCAUCAAUGAUUGUUUUCAUUUAUGUUUUAUGUUUUGUAUUGUAUUGUGCAGGUAUUCCUCUAUGUGGAUAUUAUCUGUCAAUAAAAAUAUAUAUAUUUACA